AUGAGGGGAAGGGACCCUGGGGAAAAAGAAGGCACUCCUGGAACGAGAGAAGGCACUCCUGGGAUGAGAGAAGGCACUCCUGGGAUGAGGGGAAGGCCUCCCGGACGAGAAAGGGGACUCCUGGCACAGAGAAGGCACUCCCGGGAUAAGAAAUCCCCUCCUGGCACGAGAGGGGCACUCCCGGCACGAGAGAAGGGCCCCCUGGGACGAGGAAGGGACUCCUGGCACGAAAAAAGGGCCCCCUUGGGAGAGAGAAGCCUCCUGGGACGAAAGAAGGGACUCCUGGCAUGGAGAAGGCCCCUCCUGGCUGAGAGAAGGCCCUCCUGGCAUGAAGAAGCACCUGGCACGAAAAAGGCACUCCCCGGCAUAGAGAAGGCACUCCCGGCUAAGAGAAAGGGACCCCCUGGCACGAGAAAGGCACUUGGCACGAGAGAAGGCACUCCUGGGAUGAGAGAAGGCACUCCUGGCCAAGAAGGGCCCCCUUUCACGAAGGGAAGGGAUUCCUGGCACAAGAAAGGCACUCCUGGCACGAAGGGAAAGGGACUCCUGGCCAGAGAAGGGACUCCUGGAAAAGGGGAAAGGGACCCCCUGGGUGAGGGGAAAGGGACUCCUGGCAUGAACAAAGGGACUCCCCGGAAAGAGAAGGACUCCUGGCCCUGA